CCCGCCUUUCUGGAGAGCUGCUCCAUGGACCCCUUACCUCCGGCCACCCCUCCGACCCAGAAGCCCACCCGUAUCAUCAAGCCCCGGCCCCCCACCAGGCCGCGGCCCUACCUGCCCCCCAGGCCAGACUCCGCCAGGCUGAGCUGUGACUUGUCCCCGUCUUUGUCCUCGGAGGGCUCUGUGGCUGAAACAGCAAGCAAUGGGUGUCCCAGGAUCACCGAGCCCUCUCGCAGCCCCCAGCGGCAGCUCCGAAAGCUGCAGAAUUCGGGCGCCGUCCGCAAGAUUGUGGUGCGCUUUGAUCACGUCGGCUCGGAGAAGGGGGAAGCCAGGAAGCCGGCCCGACCGAGUUCAAACGGCAGCCAAGCACCCGGGCCUGUUGUGGAGAAUGGGGCGGAGAAGAUGGUGGAGGAGACGGAGAUGUCAGACCGGUUGCAUCCUUCUGAGGAGCAGCCCGCCCCGUCCGUGGUGGAGCAGAACGGCGUAGAACCGGCCGCAUCCUGCCGCUCGGGGUGCCCCUGCCUUUGCCAUCAGCAGCGGCCCGGCAUGGUCUUGGCCUGGGUGCCGGCCCGGUCGCGGCAGGCGGAGUGCGAGGACGGCGAGGAAGGGCCUGCUUCGGACCACUCGUCCUCGGCGGAUGAGGGGGGCCCGCCCUUUCAGCACCUCCUGGUGGUCACGGCCCCGGCGGCCGGCCCCCCCUCGCCUGCCAGCGGCAGGGCCCCGCCAUCCCGCCUUUCCUCCCGGAGCAAGAAGCCCCCCGACCCGCCUCCCUCGGCCAAUGGGGACACAGACGGCGGCGUGGUGCUGACGGGGUACCGCUCCACCGCCGAGCCGCUGCCCCCGCGGUGCCCCCCGCUGAUGCCCAAGCCACCCCGCCGCAGCAAGGGGGGGUCCCCGGCCUCUCUGGACGGCGAGGCCGUGCCCCCCGCCAUCCCCCCCAAGGCCCCGGUGAAGCCACCCCGCAGCUCCCUGGGAACGUUGGCCUUCUCCCGCAGGAGCUCCCUGCAGUACCCGCUGGAGCUGAACCAGGCGCCGGGGGGCAUCUCCCCCAUCUCUUUGCGGGAGGGCCUGCUGUUGCCACCCCCUUCCCAGCCGCCCCCUCCCCCACCCACUUCCCAGACGCCCCCGCCCCUCCCUCCUUCGCAGCACCAGCCUCCCCCGCUGCCAUCCUUUCCUCCCCCCACGGCCCCGACCCCGCCACCCCCCUCCCAGCCACCGCCUCCGUUGCCCCAGGGCCUGCCUCCCCCUCCUACUCAGCCGCCACCGCCCUUGGAGAGCCCGCUGUCGGAUGAGGGCCCCUGUCCAGGUGGAUGUGAUACUGGAUGUGGCCUUUCAGGCGAUUCAGAUCCAGCCACCCCAACUGACAGUGGGUGCAGCCUGAUAUUAUCCCCAAAAGGUCCAGACUGGGCACUCUGCCUGCAGGAUGAGCCACUGUAUCAAACCUACCGCCAGGCUGUCAUCUCCAAGGAGAUCAAGCGACAGACGGUGCCCCGCAAUAGCAGUUUCAGCAGUUCGGACUACGGGGCCCCUUCCCCUGGUGAAGGGCCAGCCGGGCCCCGUGGGACCCUCCCACAUAGCACCCUUUGGCAGGAGCUGCCUGCCGUGCGGGAGAGCGGCCUCCUGGGGAACAUGGGUCCCGAGGAGAGGAAGAUGCAAGAGAGCCUUUUUGAGGUGGUGACGUCGGAGGCAUCCUACCUGCGCUCCCUGAGCCUUCUGAUCGAGCACUUCAUGGAGUCGCGGGACCUGGCGGCCACCAUCCUCCUGCGGGAGCACCGUAUCCUCUUCUCCAACAUCCGCAAAGUCAAGGAGGUCAGCGAAAGAUUCCUGCUGGAUCUGGAGGGACGCCUGGCUGACAGCUUGCAGAUUUCGGAUGUCUGCGAUAUUGUGGAGGAACAUGCCCAGCAGAACUUUUCCGUGUACAUCGACUAUGUACGCAACCAGCUGUACCAGGAAAAGACCUACAGCACCCUCAUGGAAAAGAACCCGCAGUUUGCCGUAGUGGUCACCCGGCUCCAGGAGCUUCCCCAGUGCCAGCGGCUGCCCUUUAUGUCCUUCCUGCUGCUUCCUUUCCAGAGGAUCACCCGCAUCAAGAUGCUCAUAGAGAACAUCCUGCGGCGGACGGAAGAAGGGUCCCAGAGAGAGCAGAACGCCAUGAAGGCCCUCGCGUCCGUUUCCAAGAUCAUAGAAGAAUGCAACUCGGAGGUGGGCCGCAUGCGCCACAUGGAGGAGCUGAUCCACCUGACCAGCAAGAUUGAGUUCGACAAGCUCAAGGCGGUGCCCAUCAUCUCGCAGAGCCGGCAGCUGCUGAAGCAGGGCGAGCUGCUGGAGGUGGUGCAUCGGGGCACCAUCUUCGGCACCAAGCCCAAACUGGUGCCCAUCUAUCUGUUCCUCUUCAACGACCUGCUGCUAGUCACCCAGCGCAAGAGCUCCGAACGCUUCGUGGUGCUGGAUUACGCCCAUCGCUCGCUGGUGCAGGCCCAGGACUGCGGGGAAUCCUCCACGAGCCACCACGCCGAGAACUGCUUCUACCUAACCCUGAUGGAGAACCACCAGGGGCGGAGCAGCGAGCGCCUCUGCCGUGCCCCGACGCAUUCUGAUAUGCAUCGCUGGAUGGGUGCCUUCCCCUGCCACGAAUCCCAGUGCAACGGCAAGCAGGAAACGAUCUACGAGGACUGGGACUGUCCCCAGGUGCAGUGCACGGAGGCCUACACAGCUGCCCAGGCCGAUGAGCUGAGCCUCGAGCAGACUGAUAUCAUCAACGUGCUGCGCAAAACCAACGAAGGUUGGUAUGAAGGUGUCCGCCUGGCUGACGGCAGGAAGGGCUGGUUCCCCUCGCGCUACGUGCAGGAGAUCACCAACGAGCACGUGCGCCGGCGCAACCUCCGUGAGCGCUACCGCGUCCUGCAGGUGGCUCGCCAGCUGCAGCUGAUGCGCUCCAGCCAGGGGAAGAGCAAGUUCGGUUCGGCCUGAGACCCGCGGGUGCCGAGCAGCCAAGAGGAGAGCCAGGGACCAGCCUGUGCACUCUGCACACGCGUCUCGCGGCCUGGAGGGGGCAGCAGUGGGACGCCUCGAAACCCGCCUCCUCCACCCACCUGGAGCGGCAACAGGCCGUCGGUAUCAUCAACUCCCUUGCAUGGCGCACAGAACUGGCUGCUUCCGGUUCUGUCGACCGACCGCCCAAGAAUUGGUCCGAAUUCCACAGAGACGGCCCUGCUGUGUUGGGACUCACAGGUUACAGCUAAAUUCCUCAGUGGAGAGAGCGUGGUGGGGAGAGGCUCUUUCCCCCACUCCUGCUUGAGGAAGGCUGAUGAUCCCAAGCUGUAACACCAGUGCCAUAUUCCAAGCAGAAAGGUUAGCGGAGUCAGGGCCUGAACUGUUAUGGCCCACUAUUCUGACCAGCUUCAGGACCGAGGAAGUACCUUCUCACCUCCUCCUCCCGUACGGCUGUGGGUCUACUGACAUAAGUGGCAAGCCACGAUCUUUGAGCGAGAGGGAGAGAUGGGGAACAGGGCCUUCCGUUGCUCAAGUUCCCCAAGGAACACGGGCAGUAGAUGUUCCAUCCAAAGGCCGGGUUUUCAAGCGAUACUUUUCUUUUCCUGAAUCGCCUGCCCCAGGUGUCUGAAGAGAGCACCUUGCUCGUGCUACUAGAGGUACCAGGUAGAACCGGAACCUUUUCCAUUUCACAGAGAAGCCCCCGUUGGCAGGCUAAAUGUGUGACCCAGGCUAGAACUUGGCACAGGAAUGGAACAGCCAAAAGCCAACCCCCUCCCCAAAUGAAUUUUGCAAAUGGGGCUUUUCCGAAGUCCGAGCAUCCUACCACCUCUGCCAGUUUUUCCACAAACCUUCCCAGUUUCCCUGUUCCGACCUCAGGCCCUCUACCUCAAUGCAUACAACGAGCUCCCUCUCUUCUCCGGGUUUUAGCGAGCUGCCCUGGUGCAGCUCAUGGGCCUAGGCGCACCCAUUUCCUCUUUUCUGGCGCUGGCGUCUGAUCCACUCCCUUCCCUGGCCUGCUUUCUCCCUAAGUGUGCUCAGAGGUUUCUGCGACUAGGGAGUCGUGUUCCCCACCCCGGAAAUGCGGCCGUGGACCAGCUUGUAUUUAUUACAACGUCCCCACACCCUUGGCUGUGGAUUCCUUAGAGCUCUGGUAGCACCAGGAGGUGUGGAGGAAAAGAUGGUUAAAUUAUUCUGUCCCAUAUUUGCCUGGAUUGUCGUCUUUAUUUUGUGCAGCUUUUUCCCUAUCACCGUUGCCUGUUGUUGUUGUUGUCUUUUUAAGCGAUGAUGAUGAUGAUGAAGAGAAUGAGAGAAAUGA